AUGAAUAAAUUUAAACAUUAUUUCGAUGUUCAAGGUUAUAAUUCAAUAGGUGUAAAAUGGAAUAUUAAAGAUGGUGAAGAAUUCAAUCCUAUAUAUGGACCUGUUGUAUUGGCAGAGGUUAGAGGUGCCGUAAGAAAUAUACUGAUGGGUGAACGUUUAUCGUGUGGUAUUACUACUUCGAGAUCGUGUGGUAUUACUACUCGUGCUUUCGAUAUGCGUGCGAUAGUCGACGGCGUCAAGUGGCACGGAAAGGUAGCCGGAACUAGAAAAACAACACUGGAUUCCGUUUGGUCGAGAAGUAUGCAAUGUUGGUCGGUGGUUGCGAUUGUCAUCGUAUGGAUCUCUCCUCGAUCAUGUUGA